CCCGUGUGAUCCCAUUGUGUGUGUCCGGCAGCUUUCCCCCCUCCCCGGGAGCAUGUCUGUGCAUGGAGACGCAGGGGGAGGAGAGGAUGCCGGGACAGGAGGCUUGUGUGUGAGGCCAGUGCAACUUAUAUCUGUGUAUAGAGGCCCCACGGCGGAAAGCUAGCCCCUCACACUGAGAGACGGGUAUCUGGGUGGCGAUACAGGCGCUAGGGGGAGCGUCCUACAAACACCCCCUCCCCACACGUACCGACCCUGGGAUACGGAGAGAUCGGCCUGCCUGUUGGACUGUAAGCCUGGGGAUGGCGAGCCGGGAGUCGGUGCUGCUGCUCCUGUUGGCCGGGAUCCUGCUGGCUGCCGAGUGGGAAGGAGGAGGCGGAGGGAGCGGCCUGGUGGUAUCUCUGCCCCCCGGCUGUAAGCAGGACGCCAGGCCCCGGGGAGCCGCCAGGAGUGCGGCCGCAGAAGCAGGGAAAGUUCUGUGUAUCGGGCUGGGGGCCGGCAGGAGCCUUCCCCUGGGGCCCUUACCCAACAGGACCAGCACCCUAAUUCUCAACAAUAAUAAGAUUAAUGAAUUAAACAACGGUUCCUUUGAAGGUCUAAGCUUCCUUGAAAGACUGGAUCUCCGAAACAACCUGAUUAGUUCUAUUGAACCUGGAGCGUUCCUUGGUCUUGUGUCUCUCAAACGAUUAGAUUUAGCCAACAACAGGAUUGGAUGCCUCAAUGCAGACAUAUUCAAAGGCCUCACAAAUUUAGCAAAACUAAAUCUUUCAGGCAAUAUGUUUUCCUCAUUGGCACAAGGAACAUUUGUAAAUCUGGUUUCAUUAAAAUCACUAGAGUUUCAAACGGAUUUCCUCCUCUGUGACUGUAACCUUAUGUGGAUGCUUCGCUGGAUUAGAGAGAAAAAUAUAACUGUCCGUGAUACCAGAUGUUCCUACCCCAAGUCUCUCCAAGGGCAGCCAGUAACAUCUCUGAAACAAGAGCAGCUGACCUGUGAAUCUCCUCUUGAGCUGCCAUCUUUUUACAUGACUCCGUCCCACCGUCAGGUUGUUUUUGAAGGGGACAGCCUUCCUUUCCAAUGCAUGGCAUCCUACAUUGACCAGGACAUGCAGGUUUUAUGGUACCAAGAUGGCAAAAUCGUGGAAACCGAUGAAUCACAGGGUAUAUAUGUUGAGAAGAACACAAUCCACAAUUGCUCAUUAAUUGCAAGUGCACUUACAAUUUCCAAUAUCCAAGCGGGCUCCACUGGGAACUGGGGAUGCCAAGUUCAAAGCAGACGUGGUAAUAAUACCAGGACAGUGGAUAUUGUAGUGCUGGAGAGCUCUGCACAGUACUGCCCUCUUGAAAGGGUUGUAAACAACAAAGGAGAUUUCAGGUGGCCGAGAACAUUAGCAGGCAUCACUGCAUACCUUCUCUGUACCCGUUACUCUGCUGGAAGUGGCAUAUAUCCUGGCAACCAACAAGAUGACAGAAGAGCCUGGCGUAGGUGUGACAGGGGAGGCUUUUGGGCAGAGGAGGACUAUUCCCGGUGCCAGUAUGCAAACGAUGUAACCCGGGUCCUUUUCAUGUUUAAUCAGAUGCCUCUUAAUCUCACAAAUGCAGUGGCAACAGCAAGGCAGUUACUGGCAUACACGGUGGAAGCAGCAAAUUUUUCAGACAAGAUGGAUGUGAUCUUUGUCGCAGAAAUGAUUGAAAAAUUUGGCCGGUUUGCCGAAAAAUACAAAGAACUUAGUGAUGUGAUGGUGGACAUAGCAAGUAAUAUAAUGCUGGCCGACGAGCGUGUAUUGUGGAUGGCUCAGAAAGAUGCAAAAGCUUGCAGUCGAAUAGUUCAGUGCCUGCAGCGUAUCGCUACCUAUCGAUUGGCCAAUGCGGUUCAAGUUUACUCCACAUACUCUCCAAACAUUGCUUUGGAAGCAUAUGUGAUCAAAUCUGCUCUCUUCACUGGAAUGACCUGCACAGUUUUUCAAAAAGUUGCUGCCGCAGACCGUACAGUGCAUGCUGACUUUGGCCGACGAGAUCCAGAUGGCAGCCUGGAUAAACAACUAAGCUUCAAGUGCAAUGUGUCCAACACCUUUAGCAGCUUAGCAUUAAAGAACACUGUUGUGGAGGCAUCUAUUCAACUUCCAUCUGCACUUGUGCCAAAAGAGAAACGAGAACGCAGAGCAAUGGACGAGUCUUUCUACAAGCUUCAACUAAUUGCAUUUCGGAAUGGAAAGCUCUUCCCAACAGCAGGAAACUCCUCACACCUUGGUGAUGAUGGAAAGAGGCGAACAGUGGUCACACCUGUCAUUCUUGCCAAACUAGAUGGGCCGAACCGAAAUAUUCCCAGUGUCCCUAUUAAUAUAACUCUACGGCGCUUUGCUAACGGGAAGGAUGCAGUUGCAGCUCAGUGGGAUUUUGAUCUGCUUAACGGGCAAGGUGCAUGGAAAUCAGAAGGGUGCCAUAUAAUUGCAUCAGAUGAAAACAUAACCACCAUCCAGUGCUCCUCUCUCAGCAACUAUGCGGUACUAAUGGACCUUACAGGAACAGAGGUAUACAGCCACCCAGUCACCCUCUUGCACCCCGUGGUGUACGCGUCCGCCGUUGUCUUACUCUUGUGCUUACUGCUGCUUAUCAUCAGCUACUUGUACUUCCACAGUCUGGUACGAGUCAGCCUUAAAAGCUGGCACAUGUUGGUUAACCUAAGCCUCCAUGUGUUCCUGACCUGCGCCGUAUAUGUGGGAGGUAUAAAUCAGACGAGAUACGCCAGCGUAUGUCAAGCGGUGGGAAUCCUUCUACACUAUUCCACUCUUGCUACUGUACUUUGGGUGGGAGUAACUGCUCGCAACAUAUAUAAGCAAGUCACCAAAAAGGCCAAGCGAUGCCAGGACCCAGAUGACUUGCCCCCUCCCCCAAGGCCAAUGCUCAGGUUUUAUCUCAUUGGUGGAGGAAUCCCUAUAAUUGUGUGCGGCAUAACAGCAGCUGCGAAUAUAAAAAACUAUGGAAGCCAGCCCAACGCCCCCUACUGCUGGAUGGCAUGGGAACCAAGUCUGGGUGCGUUUUAUGGUCCUGCAAGUUUUAUCGUGUUUAUCAAUUGUAUGUACUUCCUGAGUAUAUUCAUUCAGCUGAAGCGCCAUCCUGACAGAGUGUUUGAGCUAAAAGAACAGACAGAGGAGCAGCAGCGAUUGGCCGCAAGUGAAAGUGGUGAAGGGAAUCAGCAAGACUCCCUCUCGGUGUCCUUGGUGUCUACUUCAGCUUUAGAGAAUGAGCAGACCUUUCAGGCGCAGCUUCUUGGUGCCAGCCUUACUUUAUUUCUCUUUGUGUCUCUCUGGAUAUUUGGGGCUUUGGCCGUCUCUUUGUAUUACCCCAUGGACUUGGUAUUCAGCUGCUUCUUUGGUGUAAGUUGUUUAAGCCUUGGUGCCUUUUUAGUUGUACACCAUUGCAUGAACAGAGAAGACUUGAGACGUGCUUUAAUGAACACUUUCUGCCCCGGGAGGAGUACAUAUUCUGUGCAAGUUAAUGUUCCGCCAUCUAAUUCUAACGGGACUAAUGGUGAUGCGCCAAAAUGUACAAACAGCAGCGCAGAGUCUUCUUGCACAAAUAAAAGUGCCUCGAGCCUUAAGAACUCAUCACAAGGCUGCAAACUGACCAAUUUGCAAGCUGCGGCAGCACAAUGUAACACUAAUCCUUUGCCGGAAACCGCAGCCCCUCAGCUUGAUAACAGCCUCACAGAACAUUCAGUGGACAAUGACAUAAAAAUGCACGUUGCUCCUGUUGAGGUCCAGUACCGGCCCAAUGGUCACCCAUCCCGGCAUCACAAAAACCGAAGUAAAGGACAUCGCUCAAGUCGGCUUACAGUUCUUCGAGAAUAUGCCCAUGAUGUUCCUACAAGUGUGGAAGGAAGCGUCCAAAGUAUUGUGCCAAAGGCCAGGCAGAGUUAUGCAGAAGGCCAUUCUAGGAGUCGGAGAGCUUACUUAGCGUACAGAGAGCGCCAUUUUAACCAGUGUCACCAAGACAGCAGUGAUGCUGGGAGCACGCUUCCCAGAUACAGCAGGAGCAUAGAAAAGGUGGCCUCUAACAACAACAAAAAAGACAUUUUGAAAGAGCCAAUUGCUGUUGAACUUGAAAGCCAACAGAAAUCAUAUGGUUUAAACUUAGCAGUGCAGAAUGGCCCAGCUAAAGAUGACAUUGCUGAAGAUCCUCCAACAAAUGCAGACAGUAAUGGGAAUGUCAGAACUGGUCUCUGGAAACAUGAAACUACUGUGUAGUAUUGUCUUUUUUCCUAAACUGGGCAUAUCCACUAGAGGCCUUUCUAUGGAUUACAACUCCAGUCAUCUUCAGCCGGGUUGUCUAAGCUUGUAGAACCACUGGCUGAUGGUGAUGGCAUUGUGUUGGAUUGGGACUUUCAUGUCCAUUAUCUUCACUAUGAGUCGGACAACUAUAAUGCACUCUAAGCUUCCUUCUGCCUGUGGCUUAAGGUUGCGGGGUAUAUAAUAGCUGGAGAACAAAAUACUGCCUGACCUUCUCCUGGGUGUGAGCCAGUCCUCCUACAGACUUUCUAAUAGGAAAUGUUUACAGAACUUUUUGUAUGUACGUUUUUAUGGGAGACUAUGAACUUUGAAGAAUAAUGUUCUUUCUUACUCUGAAUCACUUUGUGUAAAAAAUUAUACUAUGUGCAAGUGUGAAUUUUAUUAUUUUUUUACCUUUUUUAAAGAAAACUGAAGAAAAACAAACUUUUGUAUUUUUUGACAUAUUAUGAAUGCCUUGUUCCCAGACAGAUUUGUAUUUAAGCGUGUAAUAAAUGGCGUUUAUCAUGGUCAUUUAAUUUAAAAAUUA